AUGAAUCAUGGCGCUUUUGCAUUGCACAAUGCUGAGGAGUUGCCUCCGUUGAAUCUGUUACUCCACACCCUCGGCGAGGAUCGGUACCAUGGAAUUCCAAGGCAUUUGAUAUCGAUCCUGAUCGAAGUUUACUACCAAAAUGUAUACAAUGCGGCUCUUCUUCUGCACAAAAAGUUAUUUUUGGAAUCUUUCGUAGCAGGAACUGCUCGGUCACACAUAGUUCUUAGUGUAUGCGCCUUUGCAGCAAACUUUUAUCGAGAUGCCAGUGGGGGGGCUACGCUCAAAGAGCACGGUUUCAUGGUAGAAUGGGCCCAGAGAGCGGGAAAACUGGUCUUUCUCGAUGCCCAGGAAAUCCAGGAAGAGAGUAUCGUCACGCACUGCAACUUGUCCCUCUUCUGGCACAGUCAAGGGGAUUGGAGACUCAGUUAUCUGCACAAAGGCAGCGCGUGCAACCUGCUUAAUAUCAUAGGCUUAGGACCUCGGCGUCCACAGGAUCCCUGGACCUGUGAGUUUGAAGCAGCAACAAACAUGGACAACUUGCCAUUACCUUGGCCGGAAGAAGAUUUUGAGAUCGGCGUGUGUCGGAGCCCACAAAUAACUCUCAGCUCUGACCAAAGCAACGGCGGAAUGUACGCCGAGUUGAUCAAGAUCCUCACAAUCUGGUCUACUGCAAUCGCCUUUGUUAAGUCUUCCAAACCAAGCUUCAGUUCAAAGAUUUCAGGCAUUCAUGAUCUCGACCAGAAGCUUUCAGACUGGUGGCGCAAACUGCGCCCCGAAUUCCAGCUCACAGCAUCCAAGAUCGGAACAAUACCACCUGAUGCGCUACCUAAAGUCCUGAUGAUGAACAUUGUCUAUCAUCAAACCUUUUGUGCUCUUCAUGCAUCCAUAGUUCCCCUUUUCUGCUGGGGCCGUGGGCAUGAGGAUUGGCUGGCAGCACGCCAGCUAUCGGCACAAGUUGCUUACGAACAUGCCUGUUCAGCUUCCGCACUUAUAGAUGCCGUCCUCGGGUCUUCUGACCGGUUGAGUGCGAUGCCAAGCUACAUAUCUCAUGCGGCAUAUGCUGGCUGUGCGAUUCAGCUACCCUUCAUGUUCUGUUCAAAUCUAGCAGUGCGAGAAAAAGCAGUGGCGAAUGUCAAAGCCAAUAUCAAAAUGCUACAUACGAUAGCGGGCUACUGGAAAUUCGCCGCUCUACUGAAAAUCUACGUGCGCUGUUUGUACAAUGGCCAUAGAAAGCAUCCUACUAUCCUCGACAACGAACCAAGGUUCGUAGAUCCUCGAAAAUUGACCGGGUUCAAAUUGAACGCACCGCGCGCCCAAGCCUCUAUACUCGAAUUCAACGCAAUCCUACGCUUGAAGGACAGUGAUGGAGUCAGUAAGUCGGGUGAAGAGGUAGAUCUUGGAAUCGAGCAGGGGAACAGUGGAAGCGAAUCUGUGUCCCGCUUACGAAGUCCAGGUCGACACGAAGGUCCAGGCCAGGAAAAAAUCCCUUUGCAGCACGCUGCUCAUGGUCUCUGGUCGCACAACGCCUCUACAAUGCAAUUUCCACCGAGCAAUGAAGAACAAUAUCAAGAGCAUCCACAAAAUAUCUUCUCGGCUUUAACAUCCCAGCUGUCAGAUACAUUCGUCGCUGAAAGCAACCCAUUCGAUAUCGAUAUAUUCCAGCCUAUCCUCGACCCAGAAAUGAUUGAGCUUUUCCCUGGCGGCGAUCUGCCGGACCUCUCGCUAUUUGAGACAAGCCCUUUGAAUCUUGAUUACUUCAACAUUGAGGAGCUGACUGGUGCCACGGCCAGCACUUUUGGGGUAGGUACUGGUGCAGCAAGUAUGGACAGGUCUGAAGAUGUGGCGGCAUCGAACUGGGCAGAUGCUUCGUGA